GGGACGUCUCCACAAUCACCCGAGGCUCGGGGAACGGACGGAGGAGUCCCUGACGCGGCCACGGUUUAGGAACAGGGAGUCCGGUGGGUAGGGACUCUGGGGGCCAAAGGGAACGGAAAAAGGGGACUUACCCCGUAUUCUGCCGGAUCGGGUGAACCACUUUUCCAGUAAUGGCUUGACCAAGAGGAGAGUGCAGGCAACAUACAGAUGGCAAAUACUGUGAACAGCAAUGGAUGAUGCGAACGUGGCGUAGGCGGCCAAAUCCGGCGGCGCAGCGACAGGGCAGUCUAGCAGCCGGAAGCGGCCUCUCUUUUCCGGAACCCCACUGCCUUGUGGGACCGUGGCUGGUUCCUUCGGCCUGGGCAGGUUUUCCGGACUCCUCCGCUCCACCUCCCUCCUCGGGUACGGAAGCUGAGAGGGUGCGCGGACUGCCAUGGCGGCGCACCUCAAGAAGCGGGUGUACGAGGAAUUCACUAAGGUGGUUCAGCAACAGCAGGAGGAAAUUGCUACUAAGAAACUCCGACUGACAAAACCAAGUAAAUCUGCAGCACUCCACAUAGAUCUGUGUAAGGCUACCUCCCCAGCAGAUGCUUUGCAGUACCUACUUCAGUUUGCCAGAAAGCCUGUGGAGGCAGAAAGUGUGGAGGGAGUAGUCAGGAUUCUCUUGGAACAUUAUUACAAGGAGAAUGAUCCAUCUGUGAGACUGAAAAUUGCAUCCUUGUUGGGUUUACUGUCAAAGACUGCAGGAUUUUCACCAGACUGCAUUAUGGAUGAUGCCAUUAACAUCCUGCAGAAUGAAAAGUCUCAUCAAGUCCUAGCUCAGCUGUUGGACACUUUGCUUGCAAUUGGCGCUAAACUCCCAGACAAUCAAGCUAUCCAGAUGCGAUUAGUUGAUGUAGCCUGCAAGCACCUGACAGAUACCUCACAUGGUGUAAGAAAUAAGUGCCUGCAAUUACUUGGCAAUCUGGGUUCUUUGGAGAAAAGUGUCACAAAAGAUGCAGAAGGCCUAGCUGUCAGAGACGUCCAGAAGAUUAUAGGGGAUUACUUCAGUGACCAGGACCCACGUGUCAGAACAGCAGCUAUAAAAGCCAUGUUGCAGCUCCAUGAAAGAGGACUGAAAUUACAUCAAACAAUUUAUAAUCAGGCUUGUAAAUUGCUCUCUGAUGACUAUGAACAAGUGCGCAGUGCUGCAGUCCAGCUUAUCUGGGUUGUCAGUCAGCUCUAUCCUGAAAGCAUUGUCCCAAUCCCUUCUUCUAAUGAAGAAAUUCGCUUAGUUGAUGAUGCGUUUGGAAAAAUUUGUCACAUGGUCAGUGAUGGCUCCUGGAUGGUUCGAGUUCAAGCUGCCAAGCUAUUGGGCUCUAUGGAGCAAGUCAGUUCCCAUUUCUUGGAACAGACGCUUGACAAGAAGCUGAUGUCAGAUCUGAGGAGGAAACGCACUGCACAUGAACGUGCCAAGGAACUUUACACUUCAGGAGAGUUUUCCAGCGGCAGGAAGUGGGGAGAUGAUGCUCCCAAGGAAGAAAUAGAUACGGGGGCUGUGAACUUGAUCGAGUCAGGAGCUUGUGGAGCCUUUGUUCAUGGAUUGGAAGAUGAGAUGUAUGAGGUCCGCAUUGCUGCUGUAGAGGCGCUCUGCAUGCUGGCCCAGUCUUCACCCUCUUUUGCUGAGAAGUGCCUUGAUUUCCUGGUUGACAUGUUUAAUGAUGAAAUUGAGGAAGUACGUCUACAAUCCAUACAUACCAUGAGAAAAAUCUCUAACAAUAUCACCCUUCGAGAAGAUCAGCUUGACACUGUCCUGGCUGUGUUAGAGGAUUCAUCCAGAGAUAUUAGAGAGGCUCUUCAUGAACUCUUAUGUUGCACUAAUGUUUCAACGAAAGAAGGGAUUCAUCUUGCGCUGGUGGAGCUGCUGAAAAAUUUAACCAAGUACCCUACUGAUAGGGACUCCAUAUGGAAAUGCUUGAAGUUUCUGGGAAGUCGGCAUCCAACACUGGUGCUUCCCUUGGUGCCUGAGCUCCUGAGCACCCACCCGUUUUUUGACACAGCUGAACCAGACAUGGAUGAUCCAGCUUACAUUGCAGUUUUGGUUCUUAUUUUCAAUGCUGCUAAAACCUGUCCAACCAUGCCUGCAUUGUUCUCAGAUCAUACCUUCAGACACUAUGCCUACCUCCGAGACAGUCUUUCUCAUCUUGUUCCUGCCUUGAGGUUACCAGGUAGAAAACUACUGUCAUCAGCUCUUUCUCCCAAUAUCAUGCCUCAUGAGGAUCCUUCCCAUCAGUUCCUGCAGCAGAGCCUUGAAAGGGUAUACAGUCUUCAACACCUGGACCCUCAAGGAACUCAGGAGCUGCUAGAGUUCACCAUCAGGGAUCUGCAAAGACUUGGAGUACUUCAGUCUGAAUUGGCAGGAGUAGCUGACUUCUCUGCUGCCUAUCUUAGGUGUCAGCUUCUUCUUAUCAAGGCCUUACAGGAAAAGCUGUGGAAUGUGGCUGCCCCUUUGUAUUUGAAGCAGAGUGAUUUGGCCUCAGCAGCAGCAAAACAGAUCAUGGAAGAAACCUACAAAAUGGAGUUCAUGUAUAGUGGCGUGGAGAACAAGCAGGUGGUGAUUAUCCAUCACAUGAGGCUGCAGGCCAAAGCCUUGCAACUUAUAGUAACAGCACGGACUGCUCGAGGAGUUGACCCCUUAUUUGGGAUGUGUGAAAAAUUUUUACAGGAAGUGGACUUUUUUCAGAGGUGUUUCAUCGCUGAUUUGCCCCACCUGCAGGACAGCUUUGUGGACAAACUUCUUGACCUCAUGCCCCGACUCAUGACAUCCAAACCUGCAGAAGUGGUCAAAAUUCUACAUACCAUGCUGCGGCAGAGUACCUUCCUACACCUCCCCCUUCCAGAGCAGAUCCACAAAGCCUCAGCCACUAUUAUUGAGCCAGCAGGCGAGUCAGACAACCCUUUGCGGUUUACAUCUGGGUUGGUGGUGGCCCUGGAUGUCGAUGCAACCCUGGAACAUGUGCAGGAUCCUCAGAGCACUGUGAAGGUCCAGGUCUCAUAUCCAGAUGGCCAAGCUCAGAUGAUCCACCCUAAGCCGGCAGACUUUCGGAAUCCCGGCCCAGGGCGGCACCGGCUUAUCACUCAGGUGUACCUCUCCCACACUGCCUGGACAGAACCGUGCCAGGUGGAAGUGAGACUGCUGCUGGCCUACAACUCCAGUUCACGCAUUCCAAAAUCCCCCUGGAUUGAGGGUGGUGAGAUGUCAUCCCAGGUGGAAACCAGCAUCGAGGGCACCAUCCCCUUCAGCAAGUCUGUAAAAGUUUACAUAAUGCCCAAACCCGCAAGGCGCUGAGUCACAAGUAGUCUUUACAGCUGUGGCCUAGAAGGCCCUUCUUGGGAUCAGAGUGAGCCAGAAGCCUGGAGCAUUUCACCUGGACAUGGUCUAUAGGCAUAAGGAAGAACAUGUGACCCUUAUAGUCUCAUCUGGUAUCAAACAUUGGAUAAAUUAUUUUGCAUUAAGAAAACAAAAACCUUCAAGUCUAUCCCAUCCCCCACCCCCUACCUCCCUAGCCUUGCCCCGGUAAAGUUGAGACACCAAGCUGUUCUAGUCCCUGGUCCUUAAAGAAAUCUGUGUGGCUAUAGGUUCAACAUUUAUACCACAGGCCUACAUUCUUCAGGUGUGAAACAAAAAGAUCCAAUUUUCUAGCCCCUUCCAAAGAACCAGUUAUUGGAGCCAUAAUCUUAUUUCUUAAAGCAGUAGUCUGUUUGCCAGGGCGAACUCCAAAGCAGCUUUCACAGCUGUACUUUUUUACCACCGACAGUUCCUGAAGGGCCCUAGACUUUCGUUAUCUUGCUGAGAGUCUCCUUCCUUAACUCAGGCAAAAGCUGGCCAAGGACUGAAUGAACAGCUGAAGAAUGAACCACUUUCAUCCCUCAGGGAAAUUCUUGAUCUUGCCUGCCAUUAUCCUUAGAACAAAAAUAUGAGAUAAGGGCCAUAUUUUACAAAAGAAACCAGGAUUAUGGGAAAGAGGGACCCAGUGUAAGAAAAAAAGUCAUUUCCGGGCUUCCCUGGUGGCGCAGUGGUUGAGAGUCCGCCUGCCGAUGCAGGGGACAUGGGUUCGUGCCCCGGUCUGGGAAGAUCCCACGUGCCGCGGAGCGGCUGGGCCCGUGAGCCAUGGCCGCUGAGCCUGCGCGUCCAGAGCCUGUGCUCUGUAACGGGAGAGGCCACAACAGUGAGAGGCCCGCGUACCACAAAAAAAAAAAAAAAAAAGUCAUUUCCCACUACUUCUCUGAUGACUCCAGCGUUGGAGCUGCGUGUGAGCUGAAGGUGCAGCGGGGGUCUAAGAACAGUAAAGGCUCCAGAGAUGUGAACCACGUGAGGGCCUGUGCUAUGUUCUUUACCUGUCAUUUUAUCCUUGCAACAGCCAAGUGAGACUAAGAGGUUAAGUCACUGGUAGGAAAACUGUAAUAACGCCUUUACUUGUUCAAAUCCAAGAUGAUUCCAAAGGCCUGAGCUAUACCAUAUGGAAAAGAACCUUCAGAUUUUCUCUCUGUGCCUCAGUUUUUUCAUCUAUAAAACAGAGGUAAUUAUACCUUAAGUGUUGUUGAAUGGGUUUAAUUAAAUAAUGCUUGGCAAAUCUGAA